AUGGCCCGUAUGAAACAGGGAGUCUUUUCAUGGGAGGAUGUGCUAGUUCAGCGAUAUCAGAGCAACAAACCUCCUCCACUUCCCCGCGUUCACACAAUCGCCUUCUCCUCGCCCCAACAAAGUCGUCUCCUCCGGCUAUCCUCGGAGCUUCGGCUAAUGAUUUGGGGAUUCGUCCUAGAUCAACGAAUCCACAUCAUUCAAUGCAAGCAACGACUCGGGCACGUGGUAUGUCCAUGUGAGAGGUCUUCACUCCCAAAGCGCCACACACGUCAAAGCAGCCAAUUCUGUGAGAUUUGUCAUGGCACCGGCAUCUCCCAGCCGACAAAAGAGGCUGAUCUCGUGCGCUGGAAUAAGGUUAAGCUACUGGGUCUGGCGUUGACUUGUCGACAGAUAUACCACGAAUCAAUCCCUCUCCUCUACACCCUCCCAACCCUCGAAUUCAGUAACCCCUGGACUCUCCCAUACCUCCUCCCAACAAUCCCACCAGAACACCGGGACCGCAUACGCAACAUCGAGCUCCGCUGGUCCUUCCCGGGCCACUGGCUCCCAACCAAAGACUCCGUACGUGCCGUGUACGUGUCCGCCGGACGGACGCAGUGGGUAGAGACGUGUCGCGCUGUAUCGCAGCUAGAAUCACUGCGGUCAUUUGUGCUCAUUCUAGAGAGCAAUUGGUUCAGCGAGCCUGCUGAGAAAUUGGCUGGGUUUUUGGAGCCAUUGAGGGGAUUGGUUGUCCGACCUGUGUCAAGACGGGGUUGGGAUUGGAAUUUUGGGAGGAAGGAUGUGGAGCUUGAUGAUCGCAAUUGUGGGGAUCGGUUUCGGGUGAGGGAUCUUGGGUUCGGCGAUGGAUUUAGUUCCGACGAGGACUCAUGUAAAAGUUCGGGGUCUGAUUCUGCUUCAUUUUCGGGGGAUUCGACUACGGUUUCGGGGUCUCACGGUAGCUGGGAACUGAGGCUUCAGGGUCAGUCUUAUUAUUUGCAUGAAUUGGACCGCAUAGGGGUGGAUCUUCGACGGAGGGGCAUAGACUGCUGGAUUUCAGCGGUGUGA